UUUAUGACGAUGCUUUAUGUUUUGUUUUGCAUCGUGCGGCAUAUCUAACGCUGAUUGUUAAUAAAUAGGCCGAUUUUCUACGAGUUCUUAAGAUUGUGUUCAAAAAUUGUAGUGAAUAAACGUUUCGGAAAAUGCCAACAAUUAUCGCGUUGGACGUAUCACUAUCCAUGACGCGACCGGCUCCUGGUGGUAACACUGUCUCCACCACAGGAUCCAGCGGAGAGGAAAUCUGGACGUAUCAUCAGUUGGCAAUUCAUGGUAUUAAUACAAUUCUUGAUUAUCUGGCAAAGCAUUCACGCCUAGAAUUUGUAUCAUUGAUUAUAUACUCCUCCCUGUAUGAGGUGGUGGUUGAUUUUACCCGCGACUAUGAGUCCAUUCGGCAGGCACUGCACAAAAUCGAACACUACGACAAAACCAGUCUCGAGAGUGUGUUGGUAGCGGUGAACAACAUGUUCAAAACUCACUGGGGAAACCACAAUUACUGUCAGAUUAUUUUCCUCACUGACUGUGGAAUCGGACUGGGACCGAGUUCACUGAAGAACACGAUCAUCAAUCUGCAAAAUUAUAAAGCUCAGAGCAGCAGCACCGGCGUGAAGGUACCGUUAUCGGAAAACCAGUGGGUUGGAUUCUCUUACCCCAGCAAGCUCACGUUUAUGUGCUUGGGUAACAUCACCGAUACGACAUUUAAGUUUGGAACAAAAUUGUAUCAACAGCUGCUCGAUGUUAGCGGUCAGAAUGGACAGAUUUUUAUUCCCAAAUUGAAAAGCCUUUCCAUCGAAGAUCCAAUCGGAGACGACAACGACGAAAGUGGCAAGCAGUUGAACAGGAAAUGCAUUCAGGGAAUGUUCGAACGCAUGUGUGAACAGAAUUAUAAACAGUUUGAAGCAACGCUCCGGUGUGGAGGGUAUUUUCGAUUGGAAGGUGCAAUUUCAAUUUGGCCAGCACCUCUGCCUUACACUUCAAAGGAUAUUUUCGGGGCAGAAACGACAACGAUUAUCUCGCGAAGGUUGGAAAUCUGUGGCUAUAUCAGUCUCUCGGAUAUCGGUUCUCCGAUGUCGGUGUCACGUCAUCUGAUUCUGCCACGCAACGAAGGAGACAAACGCAUCUUGUCGAAGGAUAGCAAUUUAACGUCGGAAGAAAAGUUAGAAAAUGAUAUUAAAUCAUUCUACGCUAAACCAGACAGUGGUGGAGUCACGAGCAGCGCUGACAACGACGACGAUUCUGGUCCCGGUGGUGAUGCAACGCGUGAAUCGGUUUGUGUUAUGCUUCAUGGAGCUCUGAAGGUGGAAAACAUGGCUGCGUUGGUUCUGUUAAAUGACAAUUGGUUUGGAUUUAUCUAUUCUUACGCGGAUAGCAAAAAAAAGUCCAAUUUGAUGUUGAACGUUCUUCCUCCCGGAAAUGAUGUAAUACCAUGGUUGGGGGAUUUUCGGUUCCUCGGUAACGCGGAAGAUGCCUUCCCGGGUGAGAACCCCAGCUUUCCGAUUAAGGCGGAUAAGCGAAGCUACUCACAAAACAUCGUGGUGUGGAUUCGACAGGCUGGACUCCAAUCUGACAUACAGAAAGUCCUACGACAUGCUAAGAAACUGCCGGAGAAAACUCAACACUUCUACAAGGAACUAAAUCGGAUUCGGAGGGCAGCCUUGUCACUGGGGUUCGUUGAACUGCUGGAAGGGUUGGCGCAUAUUUUCGAGCGUGAAGUAGCUACCUUGGGGUCCAGCGCCAGUCCCGAUUGUAGUAUUCAGCUGAAGCAUGCGGCGAACGAACUUCGCAAGCCGAGUAACCGAGAUUUGAAGGCAAUUAUACAAGCGAUGCCGACGAAGUACAAUCAGAUUGCUUGAAAUAUUGAAGGAAAUAAAGUUGACUAUAAAUUCAA